CUUAACUUGCUGAUUCAAGAUGUGCUAAAAAUAGACAUUCUUGAUCCAGUUUUGUCGAAAUGUAAAGCUAUUGUUACUUUUAUGAAACGCAGCCCUAUUGGAAUGGCAAAAUUUAAACAGGCACAGGAUGUUGAAAAUCCGAUGGGUUUAAUUCAAGAAGUGGCUACUCGUUGGAACAGUGCGUUCGCCAUGGUUAAAAGGCUCUUAGAUACUAACGACACAUUAUCAACCGUCUUGCUUAGUUUGCCUAAGGCGCCACUACCAUUUUCCGUAGAGGAAAUUGAUAUUAUGAAGGAAUUAGCUGAACUCCUUUCUCCGUUCCAAGAAGCAACUGUCGCAAUUUCCGGCAGCAAGUAUGUAACCAUAUCUCUGGUUAUUCCACUUACUUGCGAAAUACAGCAAAAGCUGAACAACUUAAAAUCGAAACUAAAAACUGUAGAAGUUCUGAGUGCCUUAAAAUUCUUAUGUACUCGUUUAAACACAAGGUUCCUUCACUACGAAACACGAACUGUUGCUCAAAUAGCAACAAUAAUUGAUCCACGCUUUAAAAAGGAGGGAUUUUUAACGAUUACGAAUGCAGAUCAAGCAGCUACUGCUUUGGAGAAGGAAAUUGAUAAUUUCUUGUCGAAAACUCCACAGGAACUUCAAACACUAUCCGAACCUCCACCGAAUCCAACAUUUUCUUUUCUGCAAAACAAAGUAAAGGUUAAAGUUAAAUCAACUCGCGCGGAUGCCAUUAUGACUUUAAGACAACAUCUGGAAAACCUUAACGAGCCCAAGGAAACUGAUCCUCUCUUAUAUUGGAAGUGGAUGAAUACAGGCGGCAUGAUGCCAUUUAAAGCUGCAGCCCGAAAAUAUUUUUGCAUCCCGGCAACAUCCUGCGAGUCAGAGAGGAUGUUCAGCAAGGCUGGACAAAUUAUUUCCGAACGUCGUAGUCGCCUUAAGCCGGAAGUGGUGGACCAGUUAUUAUUUCUAAACAAGAAUCAGGACUUGUUUUAAAA